UUGGCUGCAUUUGGCUCGGUACUUGGACGCAGCCAUGCAAGGAUGGGCAGAAUUAGCAUCAUCGAGUGUGGUUUUUGGUGCAUACGUCGGAGCAGCUACGGUGGAUGCCUGCGGUGGCAAAGGAGGCACAGGAAGCGACGACAAGAGAUCGGAGCACAAGGCAUCACAAAGGGUUGCCGCGAGCCGGUGCACGGGGGAGCUACGAUCGAGCGUCGAGAAUCUGUAAUGUGAGUAUAGGCGACACUGCAGUAAGCGGCGUAGUCUCGAAGGCUGCACUCACGGAUGCAUCAGGGGUAGGCACCUUGGUCGCCUGCGGGAGUCUUGCAGAAGUCGAAGACGGAGCUGAUAUUGACUCCGUCAACGAUGAUCCUGAUGGAAGGAGAGCCGGUGGUGCAGCAGGUGGAGAGCGGGCAAAGACAUAGGGGCGAGAAGCCCGAAGGACUCUCUGGACCUGGAC